CAUGUGACGUCAUAUCGAUAGGUAUGCAAGAUUGUUCUAAAGCUAGGUGCUUUUCACUUUCGUAGCGCCCUUGUAGAAGCCCGGUUGUGUGAGGAGCGUUUGUAGAAGGUCACUUGACCCGUAUUUCUUUGAUAUUUGAAAAGGUUUUAAAACACAAAAUCAACAACUAUGUCUGAAGGAGAUGAAGACAAGAAAACUCGAGCAGAAAGAGCGACGUCCAACGUUUUUGCGAAACUGCCGCAGAAACUUAUGCAAGAGAUGAAGGAGGCAUUCACAAUGAUUGACCAAAACAGAGAUGGUUUCAUUGAUCUAAACGAUCUCAGGGAAAUGUACUCAUCGUUAGGGGCUGUUCCUCAAGAAACUGUAAUGAAGGACAUGUUAAAGGAAGCUCCCGGACCAUUGAAUUUCACAAUGUUCUUGUCAUUGUUCAGUGAAAAACUCAGUGGUACUGACCCCGAAAACACAAUCCAGAAUGCCUUCUCAAUGUUCGACGAUGCAGGAAAGGGAUAUUUGCCAGAGGCUUACAUUAAAGAUUUGCUACAAAAUAUGGGAGAUAACUUCACCACAGACGAGAUGAGACAGACAUUCAAAGAAGCACCCGUAGAAGGUGGAAAAUUUGAUUACAACAAAUUCACAGCCAUCAUCAAGGGAAGCAAUGUCGAAGAUUAAAGGACAAUCAUGUGAUAAACAAACUCAUUUUCCAUUGCCGGAUAUGUAAAAUUCAGAGACAUGUGAUUGUAGUAUAUCCCAAAAAGUGACAGUUUAUUUAUUGUAGCAUUUAUUUAUUUAUUUAGAAAUGUAGGAAGAGCUAUUGAAUUUUAUAUAUCCGUGAUAAUGUCUUUAAAACCUCAUAUCAGGAAUAUUUCAAGCCAAAGAGAGAAACCAUUCCAUUUUCUUAUUUGACUGCUGUUAGCACUCCCUACCGGGCCUCAUUUAUCAGGAAGCGCUACAGUGUUGUCAUGGAGGCAGAAAAAACAUCUGUUGAUUACAAUAACAUCGUAAUCAGCCUCCUACAUAUUCUGUUGGCUUGGGAUGCUCCGGUAAUACGAUGCCUGCACCAAAUAUAGCUCAUAUCGUCUGCAACACGCACGUGCAGCAAUAACUGAUCAUUACUAUCAAGGCAUCAAAAUUAAUCUUCUCCAAUAUAUAUUCGAUUUACUUACAAUGCCUUGGGGUGGGAGGCUUUUAAUAUAUAAAUGAACUAUUCCCUUCUUUUGUGAUUUUAUUUAUUUAUUAUGUGAACAUGAUUUGUAUAAAAUGACCUGUCAUUUCAUGGCAAUAAUUAUCCCCGGGGAUAUUAAUCUGGAAGAAUGCGUGAUGUCUGUCAGUAAGCUGUCAGUAGACAAGUACUUGAACUACUGCUGGUGCCAUAGUUACUGUACUUUUACUUACUUGUUUUGGUUAGUAGUAUACCACAUGGUAUACUUUUUACCAAUAAGGGUAAAUGUGAAAGUUGUGAUAUCUGAUAGUAAUUAUGGUGACCAAGAACAUCUGAGUGGAGUGUUACCUGUAACCUUCUUACAUGUAUAAAAAUAAAAUCCUCUGUGCACAGAGUUAA